UCACUGUCACCAUCCAGAAUCCGGAUAAUAACACACUCUGCAUAAAAGUGAAGACACACCUUCCGUCUCAAAAGUUUUAGCCAUUAUAUCUUGUUCCAAAGUCAAUUAAACAAUAAAAACUCAAAAAUCAAAAAUUUCAGUGUGAAUUUUAAAAAUUAAAAAUUAAAAUAAAAAAUUUUAAUUUUAAUAUUAAAUCUAAAAAAAAAUAACAAUGUCUAACGAAACAGUGAAUAAUGGUGAAAAAGAAGAAACUAAGGGAAAUGUAUUUUUGCAAGAGACAAAAUUAUGGUUAGACGAUUAUUUAAUACCAAAAUUAAAAUUAUCGUUAAAUCAAGAAACAAGUGUCUCACAAUACAAAAUAGUGGAUUUCCAACAUUUAAUUGUAUCGGAUGUGAUUUUUCUCGAUUUGGAAUUAAAAAAUGAAAGCAAUGUGCAAAAUAAUUACAGUCUAGUGAUAAAACGACCAAAUGAAUAUAAAAGGGAAUUUUGUCAAGCUGAUAAACUUUUUCACAAUGAAAUUUUAUUCUACGAAAAUUAUAUGAAAAAUAGUUGUGAUUAUCCUCAGUGUUUUUAUACAAACGAAGAGACAUUAUCAAAUAAAGUUGUUGUCGUCGAAAAUAUCAACAAGCACGGCUAUCACAAGUGUUCACAAAAUGUAAAUCUCCAUAUGGAUUAUAUUUUAGCUGCAAUUCAAGAAAUUGGUGAAUUUCACGCCAAGGGUUAUGUUCUAAAAUCAAAUUCACCAUCAAAAUUCCAUGAAAUAGUGAAUAGCAUUCAAGAAUCAAGAUACUAUUAUUAUGAGAAAAAUAUAUUUCCCACAUUAAUCAAUAAUUUAAUGCCAAGAAUAAUAAAGUGUCUUCGCGAGAGAAAUUAUGAUCAACAAUUCUGUGAUAAGGCGGAGAAAUUUUUUCAAAAUUCAUUCGAAAAUUGUAUGCAAGUUGCAAUGGAUGGGAAAAAUAUUAAAUUAGCAACAUUAUGUCAUGGGGAUUUUACGAUAGAUAAUGUUUUUUUCAAAAAAACUGAAUUUGGUUGCAAGGCAAUGUUAAUUGAUUUCGCAAUGUUAUCGUACGCUUCACCGGCUAUUGAUCUUUCGACAUUUAUUUAUUUGUCUAUGUCAAUGAAUGAUAUUCGAACAAAAUUUCAUCAAGUCUUCGAUGUUUAUUAUAAUUCAAUAAUUGGAUAUUUUAAGAAAAUUAAUUUUUCCCCCUCCAGUGAAUUUGCAAAAGAAAAUUUUCUAAACGACUAUAAAAAAUAUGCACUUUUUGGUUUUAUGAUCGCUGCAUAUUAUUUGCCAAUUAUGCACGGUGUGAAACUAGAGGAAAUUGAUUAUGAUAAUCUUGAAAAAAAUAUCCCCUUUUUUAGUGACAUUGGUGGGGAUAAAUAUCGUGAUAUUAUAUUAGAGAUUUUUAUUGAUAUGAAAAAUAAUGGUUGUAUGAAGCAAAUUUUAAGUUAGAAAAUGUUUUUGUAAAUAAAUAAAAAAAUUAAACUAUCUCAGACUGACGAUAAAGAUAGAAUUUUAAUUCAGAAAAUAGUAAUGUUAAUUUGAAUUUAAAAAAUUUUAUUAUUUUGAUUUCUAGAAAAAAUGUAAAAAAGCGUAAAAUGUAAAAACGAAUUUAGGAAAGAAAAUAUUUUUUCAAAAAUUAAAUGUGUUAACAAUUGACUUCUGUGAAAAUAAACUUGAAGUUUUGUAUAUUGUCAUGAACUUGAAAUAUUUUUCCCUGUCUCUCUUUAUUAGGUGUAAUUACAAACUUCUCAAAUGACGACACAUGACAAUUAAGUUUUCAUAUUCUUUACAUAAGAUACGAUUAUAAUGUUCUUUUUAAUCAAUGUUGAAACAAAAAAAAACUAUUUUAAACCUUAA